UUAGUCGGUGCGCGGGCACGGUGGACGCUGGGACGCGCAAGCCGCGCGGGUCCGGGCAUGAAGCUGGGCCGGGCCGCUGUGGCCCUGCUGCUGCUGGCUCCGUGCUUAGUUCGUGCGGUGGAGCCCAUUAGCCUGGGCCUAGCCCUGGCUGGCGUACUCACAGGCUACAUCUCCUACCCGCGCCUCUACUGCCUUUUCGCUGAGUGCUGCGGACAGAAGCGGAGCCUCAGCCGGGAGGCGCUGCAGAAAGAUCUGGAUAACAAGCUCUUCGGACAGCAUCUUGCAAAAAAAGUCAUCUUAAACGCUGUGUCUGGUUUCCUAAGCAACCCGAAGCCCAAGAAGCCCCUUACCCUCUCCCUCCACGGCUGGACAGGCACCGGCAAAAACUUCGCCAGCAAGAUCAUCGCAGAGAAUAUUUACGAGGGUGGACUAAACAGUGACUAUGUGCACCUGUUUGUGGCCACGCUGCACUUCCCCCACGCCUCAAACAUCACCCUGUAUAAGGACCAGUUACAGAUGUGGAUUCGAGGGAACGUGAGCGCCUGUGCUCGGUCCAUCUUCAUCUUUGACGAGAUGGACAAGAUGCACGCCGGCCUCAUCGACGCCAUCAAGCCUUUCCUAGACUAUUAUGAUGUGGUAGAUGAGGUCUCCUAUCAGAAGGCCAUCUUCAUCUUCCUCAGCAAUGCGGGGGCAGAGCGGAUCACAGAUGUGGCUUUGGAUUUCUGGAGAAGCGGGAGACAGAGAGAGGAAAUCAAGCUCCGAGACAUGGAGCAUGCCCUGGCUGUGUCGGUCUUCAAUAACAAGAACAGUGGCUUCUGGCACAGCAGCCUCAUCGACCGGAACCUCAUUGAUUAUUUUGUCCCCUUCCUGCCCCUGGAGUACAAGCACCUGAAAAUGUGCAUCAGAGUUGAGAUGCAGUCCCGUGGCUACGAAGAAGAUGAGGACAUCAUAAGCAAGGUGGCUGAAGAGAUGACAUUCUUCCCCAAGGAGGAGAGAGUCUUCUCCGACAAGGGCUGCAAGACUGUGUUCACCAAGCUGGACUACUACCUGGACGACUGAGGCCAGCUGCCCGGCACGCUGCAGGUCCACUCCUCGCCCAGGGAGACGCUCGGACACUUCCUGCUGAGGUUCCCAGGAAUUCCCUCAGGGACUGUUUCUGCUCCUCGACACCUGCAGGUGGCCAUGCUGUAGGGACCACAGACACAGAAGCAACAUGGACCCAAAGCUGCUGGGGCCUCUGGAGAGGGUGAAUCGAGCUCCCAGCCUGCCCAUUCUAGGCUCAUGAUUUUUUAAAAAUUAUGUUUUAAUUUCACGUGUUUCUGUUUUGAGGCAGGACAAGAAGGUUUUACUGCAAAUGUGAUAACUUUAUUUAAAAUGGUUUUUAAUAUUAUGAGAGGCCUUUCAGCUGUUGGCUCUGUGUGUCUUUUGAAGCUGUCAGGCUGACAUCACCAGUGUUUAUGCUGCAGAAGCCCAAGCACGGACACCUGCUGCAUCAGUGGCAUCUCAGGGACAAGGGACUGUCCCCAGGGAGCUGAAGGCAGCCCUGCCAGGGGCCAUGCAGUGGUUAGGUGAGCCUGGACCACAAAUGUGCCCGAUUGCUCGUCCCUGGACUCCAUAGUAUAGUAAGACAAAGCAGCUCAGCAUCACUGUGAUGUCAGGCAGGGCGGAGCUCUGGGUAGCCUUGUUUUAUGCAACACAUGAAUGCCUGCCAAGGGGCCGGGCUUCUCCUGUAGGUGUGGUAGCUGUUCAGGGCACUCACAGGGCCUGUGUUCAAAACUAGGUCAACGGCUGGCAGGGCCACCCU